AUGGCUCCACCUACUAUCCGCGGUACGGCUGAUGUCGACCGCAUCGAAGCCCCAGUCACCUUCAAGGCCUAUCUGAUGUGUGCCUUUGCCUCGUUCGGCGGUAUUUACUUUGGUUAUGAUGUCGGUUGGAUCAGCGGUGUCAUGGGUAUGAAGUAUGCCAUCCACACUUUUACUGGUCUUCCUUACGACACUCCCAAGGACGAUUUUGUGGUUGGGUCUAGUGACAAGGCCCUCGUCACAUUUAUCCUGUCCGCUGGAACCUUCUUCGGUGCUCUCAUUGCUGGCGAUCUUGCCGACUUCUUCGGUCGUCGCACUACGAUCAUGCUUGGCUGCGUGGUUUUCUCCAUCGGCGUCAUCAUGGAAAUCAUCUCAACUACUAUCAGUCUCAUGGCCGCUGGCCGCUUCAUUGCCGGACUUGGGGUUGGCUUCGAAUCUGCCGUUGUAAUUCUUUACAUGUCUGAAAUCUGUCCUCGAAAGGUCCGUGGCGCCUUGAUUGCUUGUUACCAAUUCUGUAUCACGAUUGGUAUCUUGCUUGCUUCGGUUGUCGUCUAUGCCACCCAGGAUCGCAUGGACAGUGGAUCGUACCGUAUCCCCGUGGCUGUCCAGCUCGCUUGGGCGCUAAUCCUCGGUGUGGGUAUCGCUUUCCUGCCAGAGUCGCCGCGUUACUUUGUCAAGAAGGGGCAGCACGAAAAGGCUGCUGCCGCUCUUGCUUCUGUGCGUGGCCAGCCUGUUGACUCACAGUUCGUCACACAAGAAUUGGCUGAAAUCAUUGCCAAUCACGAGUACGAGCUCUCUGUCAUUCCUCAGGGCAGCUAUUUCUCGUCGUGGGCCAACUGCUUCAAAGGUUCGCUGUGGAAGGCCAACAGCAACUUGCGCCGUACUAUCCUCGGCACGUCUCUUCAGAUGAUGCAGCAGUGGACUGGUGUCAACUUUAUCUUCUUCUUUGGCACUACUUUCUUCCAGCAGCUCGGCACCAUCUCCAACCCCUUCCUGAUCGGACUCAUCACCACCCUCGUCAAUGUUCUGUCUACACCCAUCUCUUUCUGGACCAUUGAAAGAUUCGGCAGACGCCCUCUUCUCAUCUGGGGUGCUCUUGGUAUGCUCACCUGCCAGUUCCUCACCGCUAUUCUGGGUACUGCCAUCUCCACCGAGAACCAAGCAGCCACCAAGGCCCAGAUAGCUUUCAUCUGCUUGGCUAUCUCCUUCUUCGCAUCGACAUGGGGACCUGGAGCUUGGGUCCUCAUCGGCGAGAUCUUCCCUUUGCCUAUUCGCUCUCGCGGCGUAGGUCUCUCUACUGCAAGCAAUUGGCUCUGGAACACGAUUAUUGCUGUCAUAACUCCAUUUAUGGUCGGCAAAGACAAGGGCAAUCUUGGUCCCAAGGUGUUCUUCGUUUGGGGUACUUUGUGCACUUGUGCUUGCAUUUAUGCGUAUUUCCUCGUGCCUGAAACCAAGGGGUUGUCGCUUGAGCAGGUUGACAAGAUGCUGGAAGAGGUUACCCCUCGUAACUCUGCUGGUUGGAAGCCUACCACUACUUUUGCGAAUGAGAUGGGCAUGACCAAGGAGGCUGGUGUCACUAUUGAAGAGGUUCACAUUGAUGUCGAGAAGAAAGCUGGGUCUCAGUGA